AUGAAGGGCCGAUUCUCGACGUUAGACAUCGAAGUGAUGUGCAAUGAAUUGAGACAAUCGCUGAUUGGGAUGAGAGUCUCGCAGAUCUAUUGCAUUGACAAUAAGACAUAUCUGUUUAAAGUGGCCAAAAGUGGUCAACAGAACCCGUCAUCCAGUGAUGAGUCGGCGAAACAAAUGCUUUUGAUUGAGUCCGGGAUCCGACUGCACACCACUCAAUACGAUUGGCCGAAGAAUAGCACUCCAAACGGAUUCACUAUGAAAUUGCGAAAACACCUGAAGAAUAAACGCAUCGAAGAGAUCACACAAUUAGGUGUCGACCGCGUCGUCGACCUCCGGUUCGGCGCAAACGAGGCCUCAUAUCACGUGAUUCUUGAGCUCUACGACAGGGGAAAUAUUGUGAUCACUGAUUACCAGUAUAUUAUCCUUAAUAUUCUUCGGCCCCGAAAACUGGGAACCGAUGAAGACGUGAAUCUUGUGGUGAAAGAGCGGUAUUGCAUCGAAAACGCCAAGACUUUGAAGGACUUCAAGACAUUAGUCGGAAAUGAUUUGCGAGAAGUGUUAGAGAAAGCAAAAGAUGGCGAAAACCUGCGGAAAGAGUUGAAACGAGUGUUAAAUCCGUACGUGUUUUACGGCACACAUCUAUUGGAGCACUCAUUCAUCGAAAUGGGUUUAAAACAGGAUUUAAAGCUCAAUAAAUCUGAAUUGGAUUUGAAUUCAAUCGAAAGGGCGCUUGAAUUGUGUCAAAAGACAAUGAAUGACAUCAAAGACAUGUCAAAGGGUUUUAUCAUUCAAAAGGAAGAGAAACGAAUCGGUGAACCAAACGCUUCGGUUAUCUCUUAUCUGGAAUUUCAUCCACUUUUGUUCAAUCAGUUUAAAGACAAUAAAGACCCGAAACAGAGUUAUGUGGAGAUCGAGUCCUUCGACAAAGCGGUCGAUAUGUUCUUCUCGAGUAUUGAGGGCCAGAAAAUUGACGCAAAAGCUCUGAAUCAGGAGAAGGAAGCGAUGAAAAAGUUGGAGAAAGUGAAGACCGAUCACAAGAAGCGCAUCGAAGCCCUCAACAAAAUACAAGAGGAAGACAUCCGAAAGGCGGCACUCAUUGAGAGCAACAACUUUCUGGUGGAGAACGCGUUGCUUGUGUUGAGGAGUGCUAUCGCUAACCAACUCUCGUGGGAAGACAUUCAGGAGAUGAUAGACAAUGCGAGGGCUGAAUCAGAUCUGAUCGCCAGUAGAAUAACAUCAUUGAAACUAAACAAAAAUCAUUUCACAAUGAGAUUGAAUGAUCCGUACGACGAAUCCAGUGAAGCAGCGCUCGUAGACAUUGAUAUCGAUUUGUCUGCGUUCGCAAACGCGAGGAAGUAUUACGACAGACGAAGGACUGCAGCCAUAAAAGAGCAAAAGACUGUUGAAAGCUCUGCAAAAGCGUACAAAAGUGCUGAACAUAAGGCCAUCAAAACAUUGAAAGAAGUUGCCGUCAAAACGAGUAUAACUAAAGCCCGAAAGAUUUUAUGGUUCGAAAAGUUUCUUUGGUUUAUUAGUUCCGAUAAUUAUAUAGUAAUCGCCGGAAGGGAUGCCCAACAAAACGAAUUGAUUGUUAAACGGUAUAUGAAAGCCAACGACCUGUACGUUCACGCGGACACUCACGGCGCCACUUCUGUGGUCAUUAAGAACAGUAACCCUUCGCUACCGAUUCCACCCAAGACUCUGAACGAAGCGGGAGAAGCGGCCAUCUGUUACAGCGCCGCGUGGGAGGCGAAGACCAUCACAAGUGCUUUUUGGGUUCACCCGAACCAAGUGUCCAAAACUGCUCCCUCUGGCGAGUACUUGACUGUCGGCUCGUUUAUGAUUAGAGGCAAAAAGAAUUACUUACCUCUCAGUCAUCUCAUUAUGGGAUUCGGUUUUGUCUUCAGAUUAGACGAAGAAAGCACUGAAAGACAUCGAAAUGAAAGGAAAAGAGCUCUUUCUAUGGAUAUGGACUCGAUUUCUACGGUCACUGAAAAUGGUUCCCAAUUGGAAGAGGAAGUAGUGAUGAGUGAAAGCGACUCCGAGAACGAAGGAACAGCUUUUCCCGACACUAAACCCAAACUCGAUAUACAGACCAAAGAGGAACCAAAAGAAGAAAAUGUUGAUUCAAAUGACGAAAACGAAACGCAAACUAUUGUUAAGUCAAAAGAGCCCAGAAUUAAACAAACGAAGCAUAAGUUGACUAAAAAUAAGAAGACAUCAAAAGAGGAGAAAAGCGAAACAAAUGCAUUGAAUGUAAGCGACAAAAAGCAACUAAAACGCGGACAGAAAUCAAAACUCAAGAAAAUCAAAGAGAAAUAUAAAGAUCAAGACGACGAGGAAAGGCAGUUACGAAUGGCAAUACUCGGACACACGAGUGCUCACAAAGACAUACAAAAUGAUAAAAAUGAUAACAAAGAGGAGGAAAACAAGACUAAUGACAAAACGGACGACAAAAUCGAUAUGAAGAAAGAGGUGAAAGACUUGUCAAAGAAACUGAAUGUACAACACAUUGAAACAGAACUUGAAGACAAAGUUAAAGACAACGACGAAGAGAUUAUUCUGGAAGAAGAAGAAGACGACGAAGAGGCGGAGGUGACUGUCCAACAAUCGGAUGACGUGAAAAUUAUUGACACAUUAACCGGCGUUCCUCUAACGGAGGAUCACCUGUUGUUUGCAAUACCAGUUUGCGGUCCCUAUACUGCUAUAAAUGGUUAUAAAUACAAAGUAAAAGUAAUGCCUGGAAGUAGUAAACGCGGAAAAGCGGCCAAAACUGCUCUUCAAUUGUUUUUAAGAGAGAAGACGGCGUCUCAAAGGGAAAGGGAUUUAUUGAAAGCUGUGAAAGAUCUCGACAUCUCUAAGAAUAUUCCGGCAAAAGUCAAAAUAACUGCUUUGAAUCUGAAUUCAGUAAAAGGCAAAAAGUAA